AUGACCAACCAAGCUGAAUUAUCUGAUUCUAAGGGAACGAAGAGGGAUUUUAGCACCGCGAUUCUGGAGCGAAAGAAGGCGGCGAAUCGUUUGGUUGUUGAUGAAGCCAUCAACGAUGAUAACUCCGUCGUCUCUCUUCACCCUGCGACCAUGGAGAAGCUCCAGCUUUUUCGUGGAGACACCGUCUUAAUUAAGGGAAAGAAGAGGAAAGACACUGUGUGUAUUGCUUUAGCUGACGAAACAUGCGACGAGCCAAAGAUCAGGAUGAACAAGGUCGUUAGGUCAAACCUUAGGGUUAGGCUCGGAGACGUAAUCUCUGUCCACACUUGCCCUGACGUCAAAUACGGGAAGCGUGUUCACAUCCUACCCAUAGACGACACCAUAGAAGGAGUCGGCGGAAACAUAUUCGACGCAUACCUUAAACCUUACUUCUUGGAAGCAUACCGUCCCGUGAGGAAAGGCGAUCUCUUCUUGGUGAGAGGAGGUAUGAGAAGCAUUGAGUUCAAGGUCAUCGAGACAGAUCCAGCUGAGUACUGUGUCGUGGCUCCGGACACAGAGAUCUUCUGCGAAGGCGAGCCGGUUAAGAGAGAGGACGAGGAGAGGUUGGACGACGUUGGUUAUGAUGAUGUUGGUGGUGUUAGGAAGCAGAUGGCUCAGAUUAGGGAGCUUGUUGAGCUUCCGUUGAGGCAUCCACAGCUUUUCAAGAACAUUGGUGUGAAGCCACCUAAAGGGAUCUUGCUCUAUGGUCCUCCUGGCUCAGGGAAGACGCUGAUUGCUCGUGCGGUUGCGAACGAGACUGGUGCGUUCUUCUUCUGUAUCAAUGGGCCUGAGAUCAUGUCUAAGAUGGCUGGUGAGAGUGAGAGUAACCUCAGGAAAGCGUUUGAGGAAGCUGAGAAGAAUGCUCCUUCGAUUAUCUUCAUUGAUGAGAUUGAUUCGAUUGCUCCGAAGAGAGAGAAGACGAACGGGGAGGUUGAGAGGAGGAUUGUCUCUCAGCUCUUGACGCUUAUGGACGGGCUUAAAGCUAGAGCUCAUGUGAUUGUCAUGGGAGCUACGAACCGUCCCAACAGCAUUGACGCUGCUUUGAGGAGGUUUGGAAGGUUUGACAGAGAGAUUGACAUUGGCGUUCCUGAUGAGGUUGGUCGUCUUGAGGUUCUCAGGAUCCACACCAAGAACAUGAAGCUCGCUGAGGAUGUUGACUUGGAGAGAGUAUCCAAAGACACUCAUGGCUACGUUGGUGCUGAUCUUGCAGCGUUGUGCACUGAAGCUGCUCUGCAAUGCAUUAGGGAGAAGAUGGACGUGAUUGACCUAGAAGACGAUGAGAUUGAUGCUGAGAUUUUAAACUCUAUGGCUGUGACUAACGAGCAUUUCCAGACAGCUCUUGGUAACAGCAAUCCUUCUGCUCUACGUGAGACGGUUGUUGAGGUGCCUAAUGUGUCUUGGGAGGACAUUGGUGGUCUUGAGAAUGUCAAGAGGGAGCUCCAAGAGACUGUUCAGUAUCCAGUGGAGCAUCCUGAGAAGUUCGAGAAGUUUGGUAUGUCUCCGUCUAAGGGAGUCCUGUUCUACGGCCCUCCUGGUUGUGGAAAGACUCUUUUAGCUAAGGCCAUUGCGAACGAGUGUCAAGCCAACUUCAUUAGCAUCAAAGGUCCUGAGCUCUUAACAAUGUGGUUUGGUGAGAGUGAAGCUAACGUGAGGGAGAUAUUCGACAAGGCGAGACAGUCUGCUCCUUGUGUUCUGUUCUUUGACGAGCUUGACUCCAUCGCCACUCAGAGAGGGAGCAGUGUUGGAGACGCUGGUGGUGCAGCAGACAGAGUGUUGAACCAGCUUCUCACGGAGAUGGAUGGGAUGAAUGCUAAGAAGACUGUCUUCAUCAUCGGUGCAACGAACAGACCGGACAUUAUCGACCCUGCGCUUCUCCGUCCUGGUCGUCUUGACCAGCUCAUCUACAUUCCUCUUCCUGAUGAGGAGUCUCGUUACCAAAUCUUCAAGUCUUGCUUGAGGAAGUCUCCGGUGGCGAAAGAUGUUGACUUGAGGGCUCUUUCCAAGUACACUCAAGGCUUCAGCGGUGCUGACAUCACGGAGAUUUGCCAGCGUUCUUGCAAGUACGCCAUCAGAGAGAACAUCGAGCAGGAUAUUGAGAAGGAGAAGAAGAAGGCAGAGGCGCCUGAAGCAAUGGAAGAGGACGAGGAGGAGAUUGCAGAGAUUAAGGCUGGUCACUUUGAGGAGUCUAUGAAGUACGCUAGGAGAUCAGUGAGUGAUGCUGACAUUCGCAAGUAUCAGGCUUUUGCUCAGACUCUGCAGCAGUCACGUGGGUUUGGUAGCGAGUUUAGGUUUACGGAGGCUACAGGGACAGGAACAGCUUCUGCCACGGCCGGUGUGGCCGACCCGUUUGCUGCUUCCGGAGGAGCUGCCGACGACGAUGAUCUCUAUAGUUAA